GAGAUAACAUUUGUUCGCACUCGUAUGCUUGUUACUACUUACGCGUCAGCAGUUACCCCGUGACAUAUCUCUCAUUGCGUUUGUAAGCAACACCAUUGGCAAAAUCCAGUCCACACGUAGCCUUUGGCGGCUUAGCCGUGCUUUUGCUGUGCAGCAGGCGGCGCUGCUUGGCUCCAUCGCGCGUCCCACUGCUCUGAUCAGCAGCGAUUGUGCUAUCCAGCAUCACACAUUAUUUCAUACGUCUACUAGACUUCUAGCCAGGAUGUCGGACGCGUCGGCAGCAGCAGCAUCUUCGGCGGCGCCUGCUGAGGAGUUGCAGGAUAAGCUAAAGCUGUCUGGCGAGGCCGCUGCCCCUGCUGAGGCUCCCGUUGAGCCUCCGCACCCAUCGGGCCUUACCCUGGAUGAGCGCUUCGCGCUGGUGCGCAGCGUCGCGGAGGAGUGCAUCAACGAUGAGGAGCUUCGGACAUUGCUCGCGAAAAAGCCGGUGCCCGUCGCGUACGACGGCUUUGAGCCCUCCGGGCGCAUGCACAUCGCGCAGGGCGUGAUGAAGGCGAUUAACGUGAACAAGCUCACGAAGUCGGGCUGCCACUUCAAGUUCUGGGUUGCCGAUUGGUUCGCGCAGCUGAACAACAAGAUGGGCGGCGACCUGAAGAAGAUCCAGACCGUGGGCAAGUACAUGGUGGAGGUGUGGAAGGCGGUGGGCAUGGACCUCUCCAAGGUUGAGUUCCUGUCCAGUAGCGAGGAGAUCAACAAGCGGCCGGACGAGUACUGGACGCUGGUGAUGGACAUCGCGCGCAAGAACAACCUCAAGCGCAUCGUGAGGUGCUCCCAGAUCAUGGGUCGCUCCGAAACCGACGACCUGAGCGCCGCCCAGAUCUUCUACCCCUGCAUGCAGUGCGCCGACAUCUUCUUCCUCAAGGCCGACAUCUGCCAGCUGGGAAUGGACCAGCGCAAGGUCAACAUGCUUGCCCGGGAGUACUGUGAUGACAUCAAGCGCAAGCUCAAACCCAUCAUCCUCUCGCACCGCAUGAUGCCGGGUCUGCUGGAGGGCCAGGAGAAGAUGAGCAAGAGCGACCCCAACUCCGCCAUCUUCAUGGAGGACUCGGAGGCCGAGGUGAACACCAAGAUCAAGAAGGCCUUCUGCCCGCCCAAGGUCACCGCCGGCAACCCAUGCAUCGAGUACGUCAAGUACAUUGUACUGCCCUGGUUCGGACACUUCGAGGUCCGGCGGCCAGCGGAGCACGGCGGCGACCGGCGCUACACCUGUGUGGAUGAGCUGGUGGCGGACUACGAGGAGGGUGGUCUGCACCCCGGUGACCUGAAGGCGGGGCUGUCGCGCCACCUGAACGCCAUCCUGCAGCCCGUGCGCGACCACUUUGAGAACAACGCGGAGGCGAAGGAGCUGCUCAAGAAGGUACGCUCGUACAAGGUCACCAAGUAAGGGGAGGAAAAGGGAGAGGAGGG